UGCAUUUUCCUCCUGACAUUUUUUUUUGCCUUUCUUCCUAUACAUAUAUCUGAACUAACUCGUUAUCAGUGUGGCUACUCGUUAGUCUUCCUAUUCAUCAACGAAAUUAUUCAAAUAGCAGGGGAAAAAACAGAAAUUCCAAAAAAGGCUUAAAUUGCACAAAUCGAUUUUUAUCCUCGCGAUGCAUAUUGACAUCAGCCCAUAAUGUUGUUGUGUUGAGUACACAACAGUGACUAUAAGUACACAACGAAGAGACGAGAAAAGUGAUGAUGAUGAUGAUAAUAAUGGAAAAUCAUAUGUAGAAGGUAUUCUCCGUUGGGAACGUGAAUAUAGACGUAUAUUUUGAUGGAAUUUUUUUUCCUCGGAUAAUGCGCAUUGCGCAAAGUACAUCGUUUGCGGGUAUGUCGGCAAAAUAAAUACGACACCAAUAGAGAGACAGAGACAGAGAAAGGGAAAGGGAUCGGGUGAGUGCAGAAAAAAAUGAUAUAUGCUAAUAUCAUAACUGUAAUGAAAUUCAUCUAGAUGAAAUCAUGAAAAUGUGAAUGCUUUUGUUUUAAAAUGUUAAAACAUUUUUAAUUCUUCGACGCUAACAAUGAUGAUGAUGACGAUGCACAUUAUCACUCAUAUGUGGCCUUGAACCGUUUUUUUCGUUCUGUUUUAGCUCUUUUGUUAUGCUUUCUAUGAGUGUCAAAUCAAUGCCGAACGAAAUCCAACUCAACACGGAAUACUGAUUUUGUCGAUAGGAACCCAUGCAUUAUUCAACUUUAAAUUGGAUUUCGAUUAUACGAAAUGUUUCAAUGUGCUCAAAAUAAAUGCGGUGAAAACUUUUGACUUUGUGUUUACUGGGUAAAAACACGAAAGAAAAAAAAAAUGUUUCAAAGAAGGAAGAUUGAUUGUUGAAGUUAUUACAUCAUACGCUGUCUGUUCUGAAUGUAAUUCACUCUUUCGCCACCGAAUUACCGGUAUUUUCACUGAAAAUUACAUUCGAUUUUUCCCAUUCGCAUUCGCACUCUCAGCAGUAACAAGUUACAAACAACAUUGACCUAGACAAUAUUUACCGCUUUCUAUGAAUAUUCAAUGUUAACGGCUUGCAUUUUAGCGGUCACUUGUUUAUACUGGCCUUUCCAUUCAAUACCUGGAACGAAACGUGUGUUCAUCGUUUUUCGGAUUAUUUUACAUUAAUCGCUUAUCAUUUUGACUAUCGAUUUAUUCUAUUCAGAAUAUUUACUGAAAUUUUUCUACUGGUAAUUUAUACGUGCGUCAACUUUAUGGCUUAUUAUCAUUGCUUAGCCACAUUGAUUUAUUUGAAUUUACCGUUUGACUAUAAAGUCUGGAACUAUUUUUGAAAUCAAAUAAUUGUUUUAGUUUUGUAAAUACACACUGUAAUUUCAAUUUCUUCAAUAAAAAUGUGGAGAGUUUUAAGUGGAGGUAAAAUAGCUGAAAUCGAGAAUCAAUUGGGUGUUUAAAAGCUAAUUCAGAGUUGUACACAAACAUAAAGUGUCGCUCACGAUGAAAUCUAUUUUUAUAGCUCCAGCGAUGUAACAAGUAAACAUUUUUCCCGGUGAAAAGUGUAACUCUGAACUUGGUAACAGUUGCGUUGUUAUUUGAAUGAGCUACCGUAAUAUGGGUUUCUUUUGAGUGAAGUGGAUAUUUUUGGCAUAGAUAUUGUUCAUAAUAUUUAUAUUUACGACAUUAUCAACAUUGACUCUACCGAUGGCUGCGGCUGCAAAAUGACCUAAUACUUAUUUUAGUUCGACUCGGUUGCUUGACUUGUUAUUGGUCGAAAAAUGGUGAUAACAGGAAUAUAUUAACAUUUUCAGCAAGUUUGUGUUUGCUUCACACAACACAUCCAAAUCUGUUAUUUUAAAAUUAGUGUAUGAUGUAAAUAAACCGUCAAACAAGUGAACUGACGGUUGUUUAGUGACUAAUGUAACUAGAAAGUCGAAGAAAGUAGUGACAUUUUUCGUUCGUUUAUUGCUAGAUGUAAAUCAACUCGCGUAUAAGUGUCAUUGGCUACUAGUUUGAUUAUUCCAUAUUUUAGUGUGAACAUUUGAUUUUUUUUUUAAAUAUUCGAUGAUAAUUGAACGAUAGUAACAAAUCCAAAGCGUGGUAAAUGUUAGAAAAAUUAUAAUUCCAAUCGAAAUUUUUGAUUCGAAAAUUGUUGUGACCGAAACUAAUCUUCUAAGUUUGGUGAUCCAAAAUAGGUCAGUUUUUAGAUCCAGUUGAUUUCGGAAGGUAAAUUGGGGAAGGUAAAUUUGUAAAACUCGACCGACUCAGUGAUGUCAGCAAUACAAAUCAAUUGUUUUGAUUUGCGUUGGUAUUAGUUGUCAGUGUUAGCGUGUUGUGAAUAUUUGCUGUUGUGCGUGAGUGAAAGAGAUUCUCUCACUCUCUCCGAUGCGUUGCAAUUUCGCAAUGUUUGUUUGUUGUCACAUUUCUUCUGUGUUAUUUUCCAUGCGCUACGGUUUCAGUGAUUUUGUCAUUUCACUCUUAUACAUUGGCUCGUAUACCGCUCGUUCAUGGUGAUGCUGUACAAUAAGCAGAGCUCGAUUACGUUCUCUCUUUAAUGCUAACAAUUAUGAACUCCUGAUACUCUUCGUCGAAAGAACUUGAUAUUUUUAACCAUUCAUGCAAACAUACUCCACUUUUUCGAAAACCACUGUGUUAAAUUGAAGUAUUGGGAUGUACAAAUGAUUAGUUCUAUUGAUUAUGUUUGCUAAUACUUAAAUUCAAAUAAAUUAAUAAUAUUCACCAAUUUGGACAAACAUACUCGCCUUUUCCAACAACCAAAGACAGAAAAACAUACUCCUGUUUAUUGGUAUUCCAAACUAACAAAAUACAUACUCUUGUUUAACGCAAAUUAAGGUUUAUGAAACAUACUCGCCACAAACAGUCAAAAUACUCUACUUUAACUAUUUUUAAGUCGAAAGAAACUUGCUCUCUUUAUCUUAAAACAAAAUCACUGGAAAACAUACUCGACUUUUUAAAAAUAUAAAUCCGAAAAAAACAUACACUACUCUCAAUCUCACCCAUAGAUUUGGAAAAUAAAUAAGUUCUGUUCUUUCUUUAUGUAAAAAAAAUAAUUCUGAUGAUGAACAAAAAGUAAUAUAAAUAUUUUUCAUGUGUUCAACUAUUUGUGAAAAUAUUUGCAUUAUGGUUCGAUAAUUCUCCAUUUCCAUUUGAAAAUGGGACUUUCAGCAUGAAUCCGAUUCAACGUCUUAUAUUUCCAGAAAUAGUUGGAACUUUUUACUAAAAAUUUAUUAUAAUGCCAUUCAAAUGACACAUAACAGCCAUGCAAAAAUUCAUAGAUGCAUGUUUCUUACGUAAAUUACUUACACGUCGCUCAAAAUCUGAAAAUUUACCAACCCAGCCAUUUAAACGUUUCAUAUUAUUCUAAAGCAAUGCUUUCAAUGACCGUGAAUUUGGUGUUGAUAACUAUUUUAAAUUUUAAAAAAAUGCGCAAUUCAUAUCGAAAUUCUUCGAAAACUCGUUAAAUAAAUUUUUCUGUUGCACUGUCACUGUCACUGUCAACUUGAUAAACAUGUGUGUCCAUAUGUCGAAUAUAAGGAAAUGCAAAAAAUUGCUGCAUAGCAUCAAUCGUUUUUGUUUCGAGAAAGCUUUUUUGCCAUAUCAACACAGGUACCAUAUGUCAAUUUAUUUCAAAUUCUUUACCAAUUUCAGAGAUAACUGUCUCGGUGUAAUUGAAUUUUGCAUUCGAACAGUUUUGAACACGUGUUGUUAAAACAUGCCAAUAAUUUUCUAAUUAAGAAUAAAAUGCGUAAAAUUAAUAUGCUUCACAUCUUCGAAACCUGAUGUAUAAAAGGCACCCAGUUCGACGGAAAAUGUAUCACUAGUUCUUUGUUCUUUCUGGCAAAAGCAGUACAUUUCAAGAUGAAAGCUAUCUUUAUCGCAGUUGUGGCCCUUAACUUGGCUGUUCUCGUAACACCUUCGCCAUGUUUGCCUCUCCCUCCUCCCGGUGCUUGUCCGCUGGGACAAGCGGCAGCUAGAGGCCGUGAACUCGUCGGGGGAUUAUUAAACGGAAUUCUAGGGGGUGUCGAAAAAGGUGUGCAAGGCGCAACUGGUGGUAAUGGAGGUGCUGGGGGCAUUGCGGGUGGUGCAGGAGGUGGACACACCACUGGAUUGGCCACUUCAGGAGGCAAUAAACAUGGGGAUGGCAGUGCAUCGGGUGGCGCAUUAGCAUCAAGCCAGGCUCAAGCCCAAGCUCAGGCUGAGGCUCAGGCUCAAGCUCAAGCCCAAGCUCAGGCUGAGGCUAAGGCUCAAGCCCAAGCUCAGGCUGAGGCUCAAGCCCAAGCUCAGGCUGAGGCUAAGGCUCAAGCCCAAGCUCAGGCUGAGGCUAAGGCUCAAGCCCAAGCUCAGGCUGAGGCUAAGGCUCAAGCCCAAGCUCAGGCUAAGGCUAAGGCUCAAGCCCAAGCUCAGGCUAAGGCUAAGGCUCAAGCCCAAGCUCAGGCUAAGGCUAAGGCUCAAUCCAAAGCUCAGGCUGAGGCUCAGGCUCAAGCCCGAGCUCAAGCUGCAGGUCAUGGUAAUGCUGGAUCGAACGUAUUAGCCACAGCAGCUGCCGAUGCUAGCGCACAAGCUAAUUCCGACGGCGGAGAUGCAUCAGCAUCGGCUGCUGCCAAAGCGGCGGCUUCAGUUCAAUAGGGAUCAUGCUGAAAAGUAGAGUGAUUGUCGCAUUCGAUGCGAUACAUAUCGGUUUGGUUUCCACAACCAACUAUAGUUGAUUUGUUCCAAAUACGAAAUAAAGAGUUCUUCAAAUGAUAGCAUCAGAUUUUGGGAUUUCAUUGAUUUUUCGAAUUGAAUAUUAUGUCUUAUAGAUAUUAUAUACACUUUCGAAACAAGAACUAAGCAACAUCACAUAAAAAUCAUUACCUAGUACAAGCAUUGGGAAUACCGUCAAAUUUGUGUAAUUCACAUGAAUCCCGUUGAAAAUGUUAAAACCUGGUAGACAACUGGUAGACAUUUUCCACUUUCUCCCGUUAAACCUAUUGAGUUUGGCGGUAAUUCCAUCGAUUACACAUUUUAACGGGAUUGUCAACCGAAUCGGCUACACUACGUAGUGUAAUCAAUUUUUUUUUUCGGUCUAAUCAUAAUUUAGAGUCAUCAAUCACUUAAUUACGAAUUUUUGCAUACAUUCCACGUGCGGCAUAGGAAUGCGGCAAUUAUUAUUUCGAAGGAAUUCUUCGCUCGGAAGCUAUAUGUAGUGGAAAAUACCCAACGUCAGAGUGGCACUAAAGCAUUCAGUUCGGAUAAAAUAAUUUAACAAAGUCGAAAUUACUUGUUUCCCAGGAAAUAAUAUAACGAUAAUUAUUUAAGACUAAUUCUAUCAAUUUUUUUCUCGAGUACAAUUGUUCCCUCAAAUACAAUUGUUUUGCAAAGAUGCGUCCGUUAGACGAUCGCCGUAUAAAACCGAUGCUAUCGAAACAAAGUUAGUUCACAUUGUUUUCAAAGUCCGUCGAUAAAGUUCAAAUCGCAAAGAUGAGGUUCUCGAUCGCUUUUGCUUGCAUCAUUCUUAUCGUCGUUAGCUCGUUCACAGCGACGAAAGCGCUUCCGACACCAGAUGUUGUUACAACGGUCACUGAAACAUUUGGCCACAUGAUUCGUACAGGUCUAAAUUUACCAUCAACUAUUGGUAAUGGAUUUGGAAGAGCCAUGGCUUGGUUAGGGAAAACAUUUGCGGAUGGUGGAGUCGGAGUUAAAUAUUCGGAAGAAAACUAAAAAAAUUAUUAUAUAAUAUAAUCUUGUUACAAAAAAAUAUGGAUAAAUAAAUUCGAUGCGUGCAGUUUUUGGUGCAUUCAAUGAUUGGAAAUGGUUUUGUUUUAUUUCUUUCAUUCAAUUGGAAAUUAAAUUUCUAGUGCUCUCAAUGAAAGUUUUCAACGUAAAUCUGUGCAAAAAAAAGCCAAAAAUCUAAACUUUCAAGUAAAAUCGCUGAUAAAGAGUUACCCUUUCGUUCCAAAAGUGUUAUAAAAUUAAAACAUUACUCUCAACUACCUGAUUUUUGUCAUUGUUUUAAAGAAGA